AUGAUAUUCUUUAUUCUGCAGCACACAUUGCAAAUAGGAGAGAUAGGGGAUGCUGUGAUCUUAUGGCAGACAGACUAGAAUCUGGGAGGGAUCCCCCGGGAGGAGGGGGCAAUCCCUUGCAGCUCACUAUAGGAUAGGACCAGCACAAGCUUUCUAUUCCAGAGCAUGCCAUGGGGUGUAUCAGAGAAACAGCAGACUGCUUGCAAGGGAAGGCAAGCCAGCAAGACACUCAGUGUGCUCUGUGCUCAGAGGUUACAGUGGUCCUUCCAAGCAAUAUCAGAGGAGUUCCAAACAGGAGUAGUAGAAAAACUCUGGUCCUGGACAGAUUAUGGUGUGGUGGAACUGGAUUUAAACUGGGCUCAUCCCCUGGAGAUGCUCAGUUUUGGGCAGGGGGACCUUACUGCCACUUUGUGCCACUGGUGGAGGAGACAAACACAGACCUGCAGGGGACUGUACUGGAACGUAGCAGAACAAGUACAGGAGCACUGGGAGGGUCCACUCAAAGCCUCCGAAGUGCAGUUUCCUGAAUGGACCAUUAGACCAGAAGAAGAAAUUGCAGAGAUCAGGGUUGGACACACAGGAAUCUAUUCUGAAGAGUGGUCCCCAGUGCAGAUCACAGCAGGACUGGAAUCUUCAGAAGAGUGGAGUGGCAGCCAAAGCACAACUCACGACAGGAGCAAGACGUUCAUGGGAAGUGGAUCCCUGUCUGUGAAAACGCCAUCCCGGAGCCUUAAGGUAACGCUCUGGACUCUUCUAGUGUCACUGCUGCUGUUGUCAGCAAUGGUCACUGGAUCUCCCACUAUGGAUGGACACCAAAAUUCAGAGCGAGAGUCCGACAGCUUUGGGAAUAUUGUUCCAGAAAGCCUAGAGCUUUCAACGGAAGAUAAUACUGAUUUGCCUGUUAGACCCACAUGGAGCCCCCAAUAUGGAAAUAUAACUUCUGAUGCACAAAUUGAAGAUGAACUUCCAAGCGACCUCUUGUUCCGGGCAGAACGUUCUCCUGAAACUGCUAUUAAGUCCAAGAAAAACAAGAAGAAAUCUUCUAACCGUGGAAGUAACAAAGACUGUCGCUUACGUACUCUGAUGGUUAAGGCUCGAGACUUGGGUUUGGGACAUAACUCAGAUGAGAUGAUACUAUUUAAGUACUGCAGUGGUGUUUGCAAACAAUCAGAGAGUAAUUACGAUAUAACCCUCUCUGCUCUACUCAAAAAGAAAGCUAUCAGUUCUGGCUCUCAGGAGCGUGUCACCAGUCACCCCUGUUGCCGCCCAACAAAAUAUGAGAAUAUAUCAUUUAUGGACAUCCAGAAUGAGUGGAAAGUAGUGAACAAGUUUCGUGCCACAGAGUGCGGCUGUGUGGGGUGAAUAUCUUUUCUAGCCAAGAGAAGCAAUCCAGUGAGGCUAGCUUAUGACUGCUGGCACAGACCAAGAGGCAAGACAUGGCGGCAGUACCGCGGUCUGGUGGCCACAGGAAAUUCCUUGUGGUGCAUGGCAUUGAUCAAAGUGGAAUUAGUUCAUACAAGAUACUGGAGGACUUAGGUUAAUAAAGUAAUUGAUGAUCUACAGCAGUCCUCGAGUAUCUCACCUUGCUAAGCUGAAAUGUACAGACUGGUUCCAUUCCAGAUAAAGCUGAAGACGAUGAGUUACAGAAAGUUAUUUGUGCAAGAGGUGGACAGGUCUCUGCAACACAGUUUCUGAUGGAAAUAUAACGCUGCUAUUUCAUGCUGUAGAUUUUGUAUUUUUUUUUAUAAAACAGAAAAGCAGCUCUAGAUAAAGGGAAAUGAUCUUGACUUCAUACUGAACGUAUGCCUGCUUUAUACUGUGACUAUGUAUGUGUUGAUGUGUUAUACAGAGAACAUUUCCUGAAGAAGAGAGACGAGCAAUUUUUUACCAAAAUAAUGACAUUUGUGCACUGCUUUUAUUGCACAGCAGGUGUGCGUAGUAACUAUAGACACUCAUUAUUUUUUUUUUAAAGUUCACAAUCGGAUGGUUUACACUUGACAGAUGGAAAGAUAGAAUCAGAGCAAAUUACACAGAUGUUGCAUUCAUUAAUCAGCGUACUCAACGUUAAAGGCCAAUCUAUUUAGUUCUUAAAGGGACAGUAACCACCAUGUAAUUACAAGACAUAUGCUGAUGAUACAGAAUAACAUUUCAGCUAAUCUUAACGUUUUUAGAACAAAUUAAAAUCCUUUUUUCUCCAAUAGACAUACUCCACCCACUGUUUGCCUUGUUUGAAGGAACCAAUCUGGGCUUUAAUCUGAGGCAACAAGACUAGUCACUGUCAUAAUAUUUGUAUAAAAUGCAUUAUUGUUCAGUUGUUAUCAGUUAGGAAAAGAUAUGUAGCAUGGUUAGCCUUAAGGAGUCUGUAGGGUGUAUUUCAAGUUCUGAGAAUUAGAACAUUUACAAUUUUAUAGCUAAAUUACACAAAAAUGGAGCAAAUUGAGAAAUUAAAGUAAAUUGCAAAGUUGUUUCAAUAUGCAUAACUAAACAUUUUCUAUAAAUAUCUCAAGGCGUUUACUGUCCCUUUAAUGAUGCAACAAAGCAAAUUAGUGAUGAUUCACCCAGGAUUAUUAUAUGUUACAUGCUAAGUGAUUAUCACCUUACGUUAUCUUAGUCAGCUGCAUAUGCUAUUAAUAACAUCAUUUAGUUUCACAGAUACAUAUUGAUUACAGUUUAGCAGUAACUAAACACAACUCAUUUUUCUUUAGACAUCAAAAAUAAGAUAUAUUUUUCUUUUACAAAAGUGAAUGAGCUGUAUAUUAAACUGUUAGGCUUCAGGAAUUUUACCUUGCGCAUCAGUAGAUCUAUAGCUGUUUCCCCUAAAAGAAGGACAGAACAUUUCCACUAUUCUCAGCCUAGUAAGAAUAUGAGUGGACAAGUAAACAGCUUUAUUUAUCAUUGAGUGGACCAGUGACUUUUUUUCUGGCAAACUAUAUUAACAUUCUUCUAUCUGACCUACAAGCCAGUGUGCAUUGUUACCUAAGUAUGUUUUCUAACUUAAAGGGACAGUCUACACCAGAAUAUUUAUUGUUUUAAAAGAUAGAUAAUCCCUUUAUUACCCAUUCCCUAGCUUUGCGUAACCAACACUGUUAUACUAAUAUACUUUUUACCUCUGUGAUUAUCUUGUAUCUAAGCCUCUGCAGACUGCCUCUUUUGACAGACUUGCAUUUUAGCCAAUCAGUGCUGGCUCCUAGGAACUCCACAGUGUUAACAUAGAAACAUAGAAUUUGACAGUAAAUAAGAACCAAAAAGGCCCAUCAAGUCUACCCAUAUCACGUUACUUUUCUUUUUAGCCUUAUGCAUGUCCCAGGCGAUUUUGAAUUCCUUUACAGUCUUUGUGUUUACCACCUCAAAUGGAAGUUUAUUCCAUGAAUCCACCACCCCUUUCUGUAAAAAAAUGCUUCCUCAAAUUUCUCCUGAAUCUGCUACCCUCUAACUUUAGAUUGUGACCUCUUGUUUUGGCAUUUAUAUUUUUGUGAAAAAUGCUUUCAGCUUCUAUUUUAUUAAGUCCCUUCAUAUAUUUGAAGGUUUCUAUCAUGUCACCUCGUUCCCUUCUAUCCUCUAAACUAUACAUAUUUAGGUCAUAGAGUCUUUCUUUGUAUGUUUUAUAUUUUAGACCAUGUACCAUUUUAGUAGCCCUCCUUUGGACAGCUUCUAUUUAUUUAUAACUUUCUGAAGAUAUGGUCUCCAGAACUGUACACAGUAUUCCAGAUUUGGUCUAACUAAUGAUCUGUAAAGUGGCAUAAGAACCUUGCUAUUUCUGCUACUAAAACCUCUUCCAAUGCAACCAAGUAUUCGACUGGCCUUACUGGCUGCACUGCUGCAUUGUUUACCAAAUUUUAAAUACAGGUAGCCCUCAGUUUACGCCGGGGUUAGGUUCCAGAAGGAAUGGUUGUAAAUCGAAACCGUUGUAAAUUGAAACCCAGUUUAUAAUGUAAGUCAAUGGGAAGUGAUGGUGAUAGGUUCCAGGCCCCUCUCAAAAUUGUCAUAAGUUACACCUAAUAUAUUAUUUUAAAAGCUUUGAAAUGCAGACUUUAAAUGCUAGACAGCAUUAUAAACCUAAUAAAAUAAUCACACAACACAGAAUAUAUAAUUAAACUAAGUUAAAUGAACAAAAACAUUUGCUAAACAGCAUUAUAAACCUAAUAAAAUAAUCACACAACACAGUCUUCACUUGCAUUUUUCUGCAAACAGUUCUUUCUAUGCAUUCCAAUCUAUAACUGAGUUAUAGACAGGAAGAUCUUGUUCCUUUGAAAUCUGCUCAAUAGCUCAGGUCUGGUUAAACUGAUUAAUUUCAGCUUGCUUGGCUUUGCUGCAACACAAGCGGACAGCUCCACCUACUGGCUAUUUUAAUAAAUGCACUGCUUCUCAAUGCUUUUCAAUAGCAGUCACAUGACUGGAAAAAAAGGUUGUUAUUCUGAAACGGUGUAAAUUGAACCGUUGUAAAACGAGGGCCACCUGUAAUCUGAAAUAAUAAUUCCCAAAUCCCUUUCUUCUUUAAUUACAGUCGGUAAUGUACCAUUGAGACUAUAAUUGGUCUUUGGGCUUUUGGAUCCUAUAUGCAUACUGCUCUAGUUAAUAUUAAAUUUCAGAUCCCAUUUAUCUGACCAGUCCUCUAGUUUUUUAAUAUCACAGUUCAUUUGAUCAACCCCUCCUGGAACAUCUACCCUGUUACAAAUUUUUGUAUCAUCAGCAAACAAGCAAAUUUUCCUCUUAAGCCCACUUCCAAUAUCACUUAAGAACAUGUUAAACAAAACAGGCCCAAGAACUGACCCUUGAGGAACACCACUAGUAACUGACGCCUCAUUUGAAUGUACUCCAUUAAUUGAAACUCUCUAUCUUUAAGCCAGCAUUCUACCCACUUAACAAUCUUAGCAUCUAUUCCAAAGCAAUACAUGCCUAUAUGAAACACAUGAACUAACACCCUCUAGUGGUGAAAAACUGUAAAAAUGCCCUGAGCUAAGAGGCGGCUUUCAAGGGCUUAUAAAUUAGCAUAUGAAUCUCCUAGAUUUAGCUUUUAACUAAGAAUACCAAGAGAACAAAGCAAAAUUGGUGAUAGAAGUUAAUUGGAAAAUUGUUUAAAAUUACAUUCUCUUUCUGCCUAAUGAAAGUUUGUUUUGGACUAGACUGUUCCUUUAAUUUUUUAUUUUUUUUCCAUACUAUAAAAUGUUUAGCCUUUGGCAUUCGUUUGUAUAAGCGAAUGCUGAAUGUCCAUGUCUAGUUUACAUGUUUAAUUAAUGUUCUUUCAUGUGCGUCACAGUAGAUUGUUUAUUUAGUUCAAUGUCACUUUAAAGGGACAUGAAACCCAAAAUUGUUUGGGUUUCAUGUCCCUUUAAGAACACAUUUCCUUAGUAGUUUCCUUGGGUCCCUAAUAUAAAACUAACAUUAUUUCAUGUAGUGCUAAGGAAUUGGUUAUAACUUUAUUUUAUUUAGAGAUGAAUCAUGUGCAGUAUAUGGUUACAAAUAUCAUAGUGUUUGUGUACUGUUCCCAAAUCAUUUUUAUUCAUCAAUGUCACUUAAUACCUUAUAUUUUAACUUAUGCCUGAUUUAAAGAUACAGUAAAGUCAAUAUUUUAAACAAUGUGCCUGUUUACUUCUAUUAACAAAUGUGCUUAGUUCUCUUAGUAUCCUUUGUGGAAGGGUAAACCUGGAUAGGUUUAGGGGCAGCAUUCCAAUACCGGGAAUUAGAACUCAUCUGGUGAGCCAAUGACAAGAGGCUAACCAAUCACCAGCUAGAUUCCAGCACUGCAUUGCUGCUCUUGAACCUACCUAAGUAUGCUUUUCAACAAGGAUACAAAGAGAAAAAUGCAAAUUUGAUUGUAUAAGUAAACUGAAAGGUUGUUUAAAAUGGCAUGCUCUGUGAGAAUCCUGAAAGUUUAAUUUUGACUUUACCGUCCCUUUAAUUAUAUUCAGUGGAGAUAUGUUUAUUAUAGUUAAUAAACAAGAUAGGCAGUGAAUCAUCUAAUUGUAAAUCAGCUCUUGUUAGUAGAAUCAGAUGUUUCAUAAAUUGCCCCUAUUUUUCUACAAGAAAACAUGUAAUUCAAUGGGGCUUUUUUGUUUGUUUGUUUAAAUGCCCAUUGUUUUAUAGCUUCAAUAUUUACUUGUAUCAUAACUUGUGCUUGGCUCUGCUACCCAUACAGUUAAUCCUGAGCCAGUACAGGAGCGGUAUUUUUGGGGAAGUAGAAACUGCCAAAUGCAGUGAGAAAUUUGGAACUUUCAAACAUAGCCAAGCAACUUGUUUUAAAGGGAUAUGAAACCCAAUUUUUUUCUUUCAUGAUUCAGAUUUUAAGCAACUUUCUAAUUUACUCCUAUUAUCAAUUGAUCUUCUUUCUCUUGGUAUCUUUAUUUGAAAAGAAGGAAAGUACGCUUAGGAGCCAGCCCAUUUUUGUUUCAGCACCUGGGUAGUGCUUGCUGUUUGGUGGCUAAAUGUUCACAUUGCACCUAGCUCGUGAUACCAGGGCACAUUUGCAUGCUUUGGUAUUACAAAGUGGAGUGUAAAUAUUACUUUAGUGAAAGCGAUAUUUUGCGCUCCACUUAUAAUCUGGCCCUAAAUUAGGCAGAUUGAGAACAAAAGUUUUUUUCCUGAAGCCAAAGGUGGCUUAAAGUUACACCACUGGGAUAUUUAUUUUAUGUAGCCCUUUUAUCUCUGGUAUGUGGAAAUAGACAUUUAGCUAUACUUAAAGGGACACGAACCCAAAUGUUUUCUUUCAUGAUUCAAAUAGAGCAGCAAUUUUAAGCAACUUUCUAAUUUACUCCUAUUAUCAAUUUUUCUUCGUUCUCUUGGCAUCUUAAUUUGAAAAAGCAGGAAUGUAAGCUUACAAACCGGCCCAUCUUUGGUUCAGCACCUGCGCUGUGCUUGCUUAUUGGCAAGCACUAUCCAGGGUGCUGAACCAAAAACAGGCCAUUCCUAUUCUUACAUUCCUGCUUUUCAAAUUAAGAUAGCAAGAGAACUAAGUAAAUUAGAAAGUUGCUUAAAAGUGUAUACUCUAUCUGAAUCAUGAAAGAAACAAUUUGGGUUCAGCAUCCCCUUAAUAUUAUAUUGUUAAUGACAAACCUUUUGUAUAAAGCGCAUGUUUUUUUCUCUAGAGCGCUAGUGUAACUUAGCUGUGCAGUUUUUAGCAUCUGAUGAUCUGUAUCAAGUUUCUAUGCAAUUCAGUAAAUGAUGAGCAACUGGGAUAUUGUUGAUGGGCACACUACAUUUGCUGUGUAAGACAGUAUAUUGUAAAAAGAUUUAAUGAGAUGUUACAUUUCCAAAUCUGGACACAGUGGAUACUGGAGUUCAGUUUUUAUAUUGUAAAAAAUAGUUUUCACAUUUAUAUAGAGCAAAGAGUAUCAAAUAGUAAUUUCUGGAAAUUAUAUCAGUGCAGUCAUGGACCAAAACACAACAAAUCAGCAAUAAUUUAUUCAAAGAAAGCAUAAUUUCCUCUCCACACUAUGGGGCCGAUUUAUUAAAGUGUAAGCAGACAUGAUGCGCUAUCUGCCACACAUCGAUAAAUGCCGACAGCAUACAGAGAUUGUUAAAUUGGCCCCUAUAACUGUAACUAGUCUAGGCUUUAUCAUAGAAAUCCUAGUCACAGGUAUUCACAGGGGGUGGGGGAUUAAAGUCUAUGUAGAAAAUAUAAUGUGCGCAGGACAGAGUUGUUUAUUGUACACAAGUUGCACAUCAUUGGUAUCAAAAAAGGGAAUUAAGUGGGUACUUAUAUAAGGGGGGGGGACUAGCAAAACUUCAAGAGGAAUUCUGCUCCCUCUUGUCUAAGAAAUGUAAAUUUUACAUUACAGUACUACAGACCCUUGAGAGCUAUGUGUUUAACCUUUGCUAAGGGAUAAAUCCUGCUUGGGAGCUAUAACCAUUGUAGUUCCUGAGCAGAAUGCAGCCUGUGAGCCAAUCAGAUGCGGCAGUUACAUAAUACGCAGAUCUUGUAUUUCUGUGCAGAAUUUACUUAUGUUUUCAGCUUCUUGGUUAUUUAACACAUCUAGGGUCAGUAAUGCAAAAGUUACGUGAGCUAUGUAACAAAGACAACAGCCUCCUCCCUUAUUGUGUUACCUCUACUGACCUAUCCCUUUAAGAAGAUCCCAGAUUCCUUUAAUAGUAAUUCAUUUUUCUGUUGACUACUGGACAUACUGCAAGUGACACCACUCAUAUGACUGAACAAGUUCUUAGGUGCUUCUGAACAGGGAAAUGUUGUGUAUUAUAGGAACACUUGGUGAUCUGCACUUGGUUUAUCAGAAGCUUUAGGGACUCUUUAUGAUGAAGCAACCAGAAGAUAGGACUCUCAAACUGAGCCCCUGUGCACAUUCCUGCUCUGCUGGAACUGUCAGCUGAGGCACCAGAUUAUUGUGUGGCUGAGGCUGAAUUCAAACCCAGAGUCAUGUGUAUUCCUGAUCACAAUACAGACACCUUCCCAUCGCUGCUGCUUAAAUACUGUUACCCACUAUGCAUCACUCUGUGCGACCUUCAUACCUACAUAUUUAUUACAUUUAACUUAUUUAUUUAUUUAUGUUUUUGUUUUAUAUGGAUUUUGUUUUCCUUUUAAAGAAAACUAUUUAUUACUCAGUGAAUAUAUCUCCUAACCACUUUUAUGCAUUGUGAUAUUAAUAAUAAUAAUGUUAUAUGUCUCUCAUGGCAAAAAGUCAGUCUGCCUUCUAUCAUAGAGUGGCCAGUAAUACAUUACAGUGCACUGUGGCAUAAACAGGGGUUAAACAGAUUUAGGGCCAAUCGAGCACUGGGCUGUUUAAUCCAAUCUUAUGUUUCAGUGAAUAAAAUGUAAGGGAAAAAAUGUAAAGAUUGUUUUGUACUGUUAUUAUAUGUAUAUUAACCUUAUUUACUGUUUUUAAAGCAAUAAAACUCUAUUUUUGUA